CGCGUAGAGGAAGCGCAACAGCGUCUGUAAAAAACAACAACAAUCAGCGGCAGGACAAGGCGAGAAGACAAGGCAAUGGCGACGUGAACCUCUCUGCCCACAGCACAUCUCCGGCCUCCACAGCGGCUCUUCCUCCUGAGCGUUAGAUAUAGAUGGUGCCGGGCUCAUGAACCUGGCCAGUCAAAGCGGGGAUGCUGGCGGAAGCCAGCUCCUGUUCGCCAACUUUAACCAGGACAACACGUCCUUGGCUGUUGGCACGAAAUCAGGAUACAAGUUUUUCUCUCUGUCAUCUGUGGACAAACUGGAGCAGAUCUAUGAGUGUACGGACACAGAGGACGUGUGUAUCGUGGAGCGGCUGUUCUCCAGCAGCCUGGUGGCCAUCGUGAGCCUGAAGGCGCCCAGGAAGCUCAAAGUGUGUCACUUCAAGAAGGGCACCGAGAUCUGCAACUACUCCUACUCCAACACCAUCCUGGCCGUCAAGCUCAACCGACAGCGGCUGAUCGUCUGCCUGGAGGAGUCCCUCUACAUCCACAACAUCCGAGACAUGAAGGUCCUGCACACCAUCAGAGAGACCCCCCCCAACCCCUCAGGCCUGUGUGCUCUGUCGAUCAGCAACGAUAACUGCUACCUGGCCUAUCCCGGCAGCGCCACCAUCGGGGAGGUUCAGGUGUUCGACACCGUCAACCUGCGUGCGGCCAACAUGAUCCCUGCCCAUGACAGCCCCCUGGCCGCCUUGGCCUUCGACGCCAGCGGCACUAAGCUGGCCACCGCCUCGGAGAAGGGCACCGUGAUCCGGGUCUACUCCAUCCCCGAGGGACAGAAGCUCUUUGAGUUCCGGCGAGGAGUCAAAAGGUGUGUGACCAUCUGCUCGCUGGCCUUCUCCAUGGAGGGGCUCUACCUGUCCGCCUCCAGCAACACUGAGACUGUCCACAUCUUCAAGCUGGAGACGCAGAAGGAGAAAUACGUGCCAGCGGAGGAGCCCACCACCUGGGGGGGCUACCUGGGCAAGGUGCUGAUGGCCUCCACCACCUACCUGCCCGCCCAGGUGACGGAGAUGUUCACCCAGGGCCGAGCCUUCGCCACCGUGAGGCUGCCCUUCUCCGGACACAAGAACAUCUGCGCCCUGGCCGUCAUCCAGAAGAUCCCGCGGCUGUUGGUGGCGGCGGCGGACGGGUAUCUGUACCUCUACAACCUGGACCCCCAGGAGGGAGGAGAGUGCACCCUGAUGAAGCAGCACCGUCUAGACGGCAGUACUGAGCCAUCCAAUGAGAUCCUGGAGCAGGGGUCACAUGACCGGCCUCUGGCGUGCCAGACCUACAGCGGGGCGGUCUCUAAAGGUUACUGCGAUGAGCCGGGCGCGGUCGGAGGGGCGGGGCUGGACGACGACCUCAACGACCUGCGAUUGGACGAGGAGAACGAGCAGCCGCCGCUGAUCCUGGAGACGGACUGAGCGGCGGCCGCAGCCACCAAUCAGAGGGCUGCCUCUGGUGCUGCCGCGAACACCUGGACUCACGGGGGGGGGUCCGGUCACAGCCCUCCUGGGAGGGGGGGGGCAUCUCAACACCAUGCAUUCAAGAGGCUGUAAUCCCAUCCCCCCCCCUGCCACAUCCAUGCCCCCCCCUCAGGGUCGCCUGCGCAGGUGACCCUGAAGCUUUGCAUGUACAUGUGCCAACCCCCCCCCCCCCAGUGGGGAGCGACCCCCCCCUCUCAGACGCGUCACAUGUUCCCCGUCCCGGAUGAGCGUCCAAGUGCCUCUGCCCUGUUGCCAUGGUUUCACUGAUUUGAGGGAGGGGCUGUUCCCCCCGCCCAUUGGCUAAAAUAAACGCUGUUUUUUUUUCUCCUGUUUUUAAUCCUAACAAGCGUUUUGUUUUUAGAGCGGUCGGGCAAACCCUCCUCCCCCUCCUACCCCCUAGAAGAUGUGUGUGUGUGUGUGUGUGUGUGUGUGUGUGUGUGUGUGUGUGUGUGUGUGUGUGUGUGUGUGUGUGUGUGUGUGUGUGUGUGUGUGUGUGUGUGUGUGUGUGUGUGUGUGUGUGUGUGUGUGUGUGUGUGUGUGUGUGUGUGUCCAGCAUGUACAUUAUCAAAACAUCUAGGAAACUCAUUAAUACAUUUCACUCGUUCAUAACGGAUCCCCCCCCCCCCUCCCGGGAGCUGCAUUCUCAUUGGUCAAUGCUGACCGCUCCCAUCGUUUUUCUUAAUGACCAUAACCAACUGUUAACCAAUCAUAUGUCACGCAUUAGCAGAAGAGAAGCAGAGGAAACCUGCAUGGAGGACGGUCAGGUGGGGGUGAUGGCGAGGUGGGGGAAGCUGGCCAAUGAGGGCGGAGAACAGCUCUCCGGUGCUGAGCUAAACUAUAAGCGGCAGCAGCGAGAGCAGAGAGCUCCGCCCUGAAGCGGUUCACCUCCCAGAUGCAUUCUGGGACAUCAAGUGCAGGUUUCUUUUGCCUGUGCUUUGAGGGAAACGCACAGUCGUCAUGGGGGCCAGAAGGUUCCAGAACCUUCCUUUGAAGCUCCUGGUCAUGUGUGGGGGGGUGGAGUCUUAGGAGGAGGAGCAGCGGACUGGAGAAGUGAUGUUUUCUAAUGAUUUUGUACAAAACAAUGUGAAAUGUCCAUCCAAAAGUAUAAAGGAAAAUAAAAUCCAAAUCCAUGUGGA